GAUGUACAGAGCAUCAGGGUUUUCUACAAAGUGAGAGAAGGUGGUGUCUGUCAGAUCAGGCAGACUGGUUCUGCUGAGAAGGAUUUUUCAUUGAUCAAGCAAUUGCCUGUUGAGAAUUCAGAGGAUGUUGUCUAUUAUAAAGAGUUAGGUCAUUUUGGAUAUAGUGAACUACCAAUCCCAGUAUACCAUCCAGAUCAUGGCAGUGAACUGAAACGGAUAUUAAGCUUGUUGUGCUUGAAGAUGAAAAAUAGGAUGGUUUGA